AUGGCGUUCUUUCAAGCUGCUCCCUGGCACGAGGGUGAAGUCGCGAUCCAUAAACGCACGCGUGUCGGCAGCUAUGACAAUCCGACGUCACCAUUCCUCACCCCUCGGGCGGCCAACAUGAUCCAACGGUACCCCAUGAUAGCAAUAGGGACGUUGGAUGAUCACGACAGACCCUGGUGCACAGUCUGGGGUUCCGAUCAACUACCAAUUGCACAGCCGGUGGCUCAAAGUGUUAUGGGCGUCCGCACCACCGUCGACGCGAGCUUCGACCCCGUUAUUCAAGCAAUUUAUAAAGGCAAGGACGACGGCGAAGUGAUACGGGAAGAGGGCAAAGGGAGACUAAUGUCCGGACUAAGCAUUCAUCUGGAGGAGAGAGGGAGAGUCAAGUUGGCUGGUCAAGUCGUUGCCGGGGCACUGACCGCGAAUGAGCCCGUCACGGAUGGCAACGAGCCCAAGGACGACGCGCAAACCGGCAAGUCAGGUGAAGUACAGCUCGUCGUCAAGAUCGAUCAAAGUAUCGGAAAUUGCCCAAAAUACCUUAAUAAGAAGCGCAUCACGGCCGCCCAACCCAAGCCGAGACUAUUGUCUUCGUCACCACACCUCCCUCAAAAAGCGAUUGAUUUGGUGCAUAACGCGGACUUAUUUUUCAUCGCCUCCGCCCACAAACACGAGGACAUGGACUGUAAUCACCGUGGCGGACCUCCAGGCUUUAUUCGCGUGGAGCAGUCUGCCGAUUUAGAGCAAGGCAGCACCAUUGUGUGGCCCGAAUACAGUGGCAACAAUCUCUACCAAACACUUGGAAAUCUUGAAAGCACUCCUCAUGCAGGCCUGGUGAUCCCGGACUUCGAGACCGGUAAUGUUCUCUAUGUGACCGGGGAUACGGAGACACUUGUGGGGGCGGAGGCGAGCAAAGUCAUUGCAAAAAGCAAUCUCGCCGUUCGCUUGAAAGUGACAGGAGCGCGCCUUGUUGAAGACGGGUUACCCUUCCGGGGCAAGCUGAUGGACGAUGCGUCCCAAGGCCGUUCGCCCUACAAUCCGCGAGUGCGAUACCUGGCCUCCGAGAAAACAGACGCGUUUGGGAAGACCCCGGGGGACGCACCACCAACGACAGCAAAACUCAUCAAGAAGACAAAGAUCACUCCUACUGUCACAAGAUAUAGGUUCGCGCUUGCAGAUCCUGGCGUGUUUGGCCCCUGGACACCAGGGCAAUACGUGGCGAUGGACAUGGCAGCCGAGCUGGACAUGGGCUACUCGCACAUGCGAGACGACGACCCGACCAGUCUGAAUGAUGACUAUAUUCGGACUUUCACUGUCUCAUCCAUCCCGAACUCGCUUGGCCUGCACGGGGAAGAGUUUGAAGUCACCGUUCGUGCAGUCGGCCACGUCACGAAAUGGCUCGAGUGGCAGCGCGAGGGCAUGUGUGAGAUCGGUAUUCGAGGGUUUGGCGGAGAAUUUGCAUUCGAACCACACGCCAGGAAUGCUUUUAUUGCAGCUGGGAUUGGGAUCACGCCUUUGCUGGGCCAGAUGGAAAGCUUGGAUCUCGACAAACUAAAGGUCAUGUGGAGCGUUGGGAUCCGCGAUGUUGGAUUGCCUCUGGACGUCCUCACCCAGUAUCCCAGUUUGAAAGACUCGCUGACAAUAUGCAUAACUGGCGACGAGUCACUGUUGGAUGCAAAGGCCAAGGCCAAGCUCCAGGAAUUGAUCGAAACCGGCGUGAAAGUCCUGAGGAGGAGAGUGACGAAGGAGGACUUGGUAGCUUGGGAAUCAGAAGUGGACAACUGGUAUCUAUGCACGGCGCCGGCGUUCAGGAAGAUUGUGCAGGAGUGGAUGCCUGGGACGACCAUCAUUUACGAGAACUUUGACUACUGA